CAGCUUCUUCAGCCUCUGACUCUUCCUCCUUCAUCCAUCCACCACAACUUCAAUCCAUCUCUCACCCACACAAUACCGCUACAAUGAGUGCAAUCAUGGAAGACCCCACCGACUUCGAGCCGGUGAGGGUUCUCAUCACCCUCCACGAGGGAAUGGACACGUUGGAUGCAAUGGGUCCGCUCGAGGUCUUCAGCCAGGCCCAGCACGACCCACAGAACAAAGACACCAAGGCUUUCCGCGUCAUCUUCGCCGGUGCCGCCGAACACAUCACCACUGCUCAGGGCGCCUCCAUUCGUCCCCACAUGAGCUUCGAAGAGGCUAUGAAGCGUCUCGCUGAGAUUGACGUCCUCGUCAUCCCAGGAGGCAGCCACGAGAACGUGACCAAGACCAAGGCUCAGCCAUUGCAGCUGAUCAAGGCCUACACCGAGCUGCAGAAGAAGAACCCCGCCCGCGAGCGCACCCUCAUGUCCGUCUGCACCGGCUCGCUCAUCCUUGGCGAGGCUGGCGUCCUCGCUGGCCUGACUGCCACCACCCACCCAGACUUCAUCACCAAAUUCGAGAUCCUCUGCUCCAACGCCGUGCAGCGCGACAUGUCUGACCGCGUCGACGUUGUCGAAGAGCGCUACGUCGUCAACAACCUUCGCUACGAUCUUGGCGAGAAUGAAGACGAGAACCCAUACAUCCUGAGCAGGAAAGAGCUCAAGGAGCAGAAGCGUCGCAAGAGCUCUGGUGGCAUGCCUCCAAUUGAAGAGAAGAGCAACGGCACAGGCGGUCGUCGCCCAUCCAACGCCCGCAAAGGCAGCAUCAGUCUCAAGCAGAGCAACGCCCGCCGCGAGUCGGUCCUCAAGCGCGCCAACUUGCGUCUGGGUGGCAUGCGCGUUAUCACCACCUCCGGUAUCUCUUCCGGUAUCGAUGGUGCUCUUUACAUGGUCGGCGCUUUAGUGUCCGACGAUGCGGCUGAGGAGGUCGCACGCAAGAUGUGCUAUACUUGGAAGAAGGGCAUCGUCGUUGACGGUGUCGAUGUUUGAAUGCGUUUUAGCGAUGGCGCUUUCCUGGGUUUGAUGAUAGGGAAAGACUUGUAAGCAUAGUGACGAAGUGAAGACCAAACCGAGAUGCUACCUCGAACCAAAGCGCGAAGAGCGGGAUGCUCAGUUAACAAUCAGAUGAAAGGAAAACAGUUAGCUACGAAUUGAAUGAUCAUGCAAGCAA